GCAGAGUGCCUCAGACUGUCCUGCUGAGCUGACCUCGGCAGGGCGGGAGAAAAUUUUUUAUAGAUAAGAUAAAAUAAACAACCUUGAGGCUGAGAAAUGAAGAGCCCUGACUCCUUCUUCAAGCGCCGGGCUGGGAAAAGAGACUUUGAACUUUUCUUGGGGUCACUCUGAGCAGCAAGAGACCCUGAGACAUUGGCGUCCCUGGUGGGCUCUUGGCAAGCAGCCACACCACAGCCAUCAGCCGCUGAAACCCAGCCCGAGAAGGAAAGAAAACAGGCACUCUCAAGGGAAAAAUCCAGAAAGAACAUCUCGACCUCUGCCGAGAAGAUUCGUUUCAAGCUCGACCCGGAAAGAGGAGGACCAGAAGCGCGCCUGGAAACCCUCACCUGCGAGCUGCUGGACAGUGACCAGGGCAAACUCCGGACUGACCUUGCAGAUUAUUCAGCCUUUGGCAGCGUCGAUUCCUGCGGACAUGGAGAGAGCUGUGGCUGGAAAACUUAAUGGAGGGGAAAGAAACAGGGAAGGAGAAGGGCUCUUGUGAAGAUCACACUGCCCUCCUGAGGCUCCCGGGGCAGAAGGCAAAGUUGCACCAAGACCCCGUGCUGUUCUCUGAUGACAUUUUUUUCAUUGAGCCAAUGGAGGGAGAAAUCGGGCUGAAUUUUUUGGCCAAAAUCAAGGUGACCUUCAAACCCCUGGAAGCACUGGAGAAUGGAAGUGUGGCUUACUGCAGCAUCUCAGGCUGUGAGAGCAGGCUGCCCCUGCACCUCUCAAGGGAAGGCCAAGGACCCUUGUUAGAAUUCAGCUCUCCUACUCUGAACCUUGGGAACAUUUCUAUCGACACCCCCCAGUCUAUGAGGUGGAACUGAUUAACCUAGGAGCUAUUGAUGCUCCCUUCACCUAUAGCCCUUCAACUGCAAACGUGGGCUUCUGCUUCAAGUUUGCGCCUGAGGAGGGCAUCGUUGCACCAGGUGGGACCCAGACUGCUCACAUCUCCUUCAGUGCCACCACAGUGUGGAGGUUUGAGGAAGAAUUCCAGUUCAGUGUGGCUGGAUCUCCUAUGUCUGCACUCCUGACUAUCAAGUAAGGACGGUCAAAGCCAGGCACGCGCCCGCACGUCCUCAGCACAAGAGAAAGGGGCCGCUUCAUGUGAGCGGUCCUGGCCCCUCCACGGGUGCGGGAUCGGUGCCGAAAGCCAGACAACUCUUAGCGGUGGAUCCCUCGGCUCGUGCGUCAAUGAAGAAUGCAGCUAGCUGCAAGAAAAAAGUUAUCCCCAAAAAUCCCCCCAAAAAUUUCCCAAAAAUUCCCAAAAAUCCCACAAAAAUGAGGCUCAAAAUGGACCCCAAAUCCUCCUGAAUUCAAUCCAAAAUUCACCCAGAUAUCCCUGAGAUUGUCAAAAAAUCCCCAAAACUCCCCAAAAACCCUGAAAAAUCCCAAAAAUCCCACAAAAAAUCCCAAAAUUCCCCCCAAAAACCCCAAAGAUCCCCCAAAAAAUUCCCUCAAAAAUCCUCAAAAUUCCCCCAAAAAUUCCCCCCAAAAAUCACUUUUAAAUGCCCCAAACCCCCCAAAUCCCUCCCAA